AUGAGCUCAGCGCCACGGCCAGAGUCCGAGGCGUCUUCUCUGCCCUCAACCGCUGGCUUCACAACGGAAAAUGACCGUCGAAGAAGGGAUAACUUGAAUGACAAGAUGCAAACGCUUUUACAAGUAAUCCCAGAGGAAAUGUUCCAGGAAUACUAUCGUCGUAAGGACUCAAAAGAUAUGAAAGAUAGUUUAGAACUGGAUGGCGGCCAUAAUACGCCAGGCAGUGGCAACGUUACAGGUGGAGGCUCUGCAAGCAGUAGCAAACCUAAGGGCACAGGUACUAAAGAUGGGAAGCCCAAUAAGGGUCAAAUUCUGACCCAGGCGGUGGAAUACAUGACUAAACUGCAGGCACAAGUGGAUACACGCAACCGGGAAGAGGUGGAGCUGAUUUUGAGGGUCAAAGAGCUAAGUAAGAAAACGGGCGUGGCACUAACUGAUAUCAAUCUGGACAACACAAGUGCUGAGAUCGCACUGGCUAGGAUCGGUGUGGGUCCCCUGGCAGGUGCGGAUGAAGACACUCUCGACGGAGCGGACGAUUAUAGGAAUUGA